UUUCUCCAGGCUUUGGAGCUUCCAGAGACUAAAAUAUACACAUCAAGCAGGUGGGCUUUAUUAAAAGAUAGUAAGAAAACGAGUCUAAGUUACAUGCCAAAGGUGCCUGGCAAAAAGACCAAAUGGUUAAAAACUGGAUUGCUGUUGCCAGUCCACUGUUUAAGAUCUUUCCGCAAAUACAACCUGAGAAGUAUCGAUUCUAUAGCUGGAUGGCAGUCCAGCAGCAUUAGCAGAAUGCUCUAAGUGAUCAUCCAUGUUACGUGUAGGUAAAGGAAGCCAUUUUAGUGCUUCUACAGACAGUACAGUCUACCAGCCUCCAGUCCUGCUGCCCUGAAAAACCGGUACUCUGUGUCUCAAGCCUUUUUGGAGCUGAAGUUAUGCAACACCUUGGCAAGGCCUUCUCAGAAACGCUGUGCUCCUUGAAGUCUACUUUAUGGAUUUGUUUCCAAGUGAAACCAUCCAGUCCUGCACUAACGCACCUAACUCCUAAUGUCCCUGAAACAAUAUAUUCCCGAGGACAGCUACCAGCCUCAAUUUUAUUUAUUUUUUUUUUAAGCCAUCGACGUGGUCAGACGGGCUGUAACCUCCACGUGCCAAGCGCUCCCUUCCCAGCAGGAGGGCACGCAGGCACUCGGGGCAGCGAGGAGAGGAAGCGCAGUUGUGCGCGCGGGCGGGCUGUGCUCGGCGAUCCCGUCGCGGCUCGAAUCCUCGCGCGGGAGCCAGCGGCCACCGCAUCUUCCCCCGGAGCGGCCCCCCCCUCGCGCACCCCUCCGCGAACGCCCCGGCGGGCACCUACCCGGCGUCUUCCCCCUGUAGCGCGGCGGCGGUCGUGGCGGGGCGGGCGAGGCGGCCGCCGCCUUAAGAGCAGCAGUAGAAGCUCAGGAGGUGAGCAGUCAUCUGGCAUGAUUGACAUUGAUUUUCUGCUUCAGACAGCUUUAACAGAGAAGACUCAUAACAAAAAAACAACAAACCAACAGAAUGAGGUCCUUGCUCCUGAAAAACUUAAGUCCAAUCUGAUGGUGCUGCUGGGGUGGAUGAUGAUGCCAAAAUGCACUGUGCACAUACGUGCUGUAUGAACCAAAGCCCAGCUAGGAGGCUGGCAUUAACCCACUGUUUGUGCUGACUAGCCCUGGAGAGUUGGAGGUAUCCUGCAGAGAUAAGGUUCCUGGGGGUUGGAUGUUUCUUGUCUGGGCAGCCAGCAUUUCCUCCAAACGUAAGUCUUUUUAAGCUGUUGUACGGGGCUUUCUUGAAGCUCUUUGUCCCCAGAUUGACUUACUCAGUUUGGAAACCCCAGGCAGAGCGGUAAGCUGUUUGCUUCAUGUAGAAUCUUGAACAUGGGCUUGUGGAAGUUGCUGGAUGCCUAAUAUUGGCUGAUUCA